CGCCUACGGGGUUUCUAUUCCUGCUUUGGCCUGUGGCAGUGCUGACCAAAACUUGCUGAUGAUCCCCAUAGCAGAUUUCCGCUGAGCUAUUCGGUUAACUGAUGCACCUACAUAGAGCUUGUUUAUAGAUUGAACGACCUUCGGUUACCUCUCCAGUGGUAGGUCUGUGAGAGUUGGCCUCAGAUCUGCUAUAUCCCCAGUACCGACGACAUGUCAACACCUACCGCGAGCCCUCCGGUGCCGAAUACUGCGACAAUCAUCCUUCCUCCAGGCUUGACUCUCGACCAGUACCUUACUCUCCAGGGCGAUGCAGUCAAAAUCGCAAUCACAGUCGCGGUAGCCUUUGCUAUCAUUAUUUGGGACUACUUUGUUUUGCUCCCAGACGAGCUCAUGUUGUACACUGAGAAAGAUUCGAAAUUACUGCGAGCACCUAAUACCGUCUUCUUCAUUGUGCUACGUUACUCUGCAAUACUCGCUACCCUUCCGUCGCUUUUCUUCACGUCAGUGCAGAAUCAGCACUGUCAGGCAGCGGUAAUCCUCAGCCAGGUUGGCGCAUGCCUCGUAGUGUUCUCGUCUGGCGCGAUUUUCUGCUUCCGAGUCCACGCCAUGUGGCACGGCAAUAGAGCCGUCUACACACUCAUUACGAUCGUAUUUCUCACGAUGAUAUCCUGCUGGAUUGCAGUAGCCACACAAUACGACGCCACGACCGGGCCUGCCACGCCGUUCGGCUCGAACUGCCAGAUGCACCCCAUCGUGUCCUGGGCACCGAUGAGUUUCGGCUCCUCGGUCCUCUUCGACUCGACCAUCCUCCUGCUCACCAUCGCGAAGCUUCCACGCACCCGGACGACCAGGUCGCAUGUCGGCCGCCAGAUCUUCCGCGACACACUGAUGUACUUCGCGCUCACGACCGUCACGAACGUCGUCGUGCUGAGCAUCCAAGCGCUCGGCGAGGCGCACGCGAUGCUCAAGCCGACCGCCGUGCCGUUCUCGACGGUCGUGACCGCCACAAUGGGCUCGCGCGUCUACCUCAACCUCCGGCUCCUCGAGAAGCGGCGCCAGGUCGAGGCGGAGCGCAUCCCCCUCGCGAUGCCGAUCGCAAUGCCGCGCCCUGGUGCCGGUCACACCAAGAAUAGAAUGAGCGGCACGACGCACGUAGAGAGUCUCCUGAGCACAGCGCAGGCUCUGGGUUCCAUGGGCUCCAAGAAGGACGACCUCGCUGCCGAGACAGCCCAGUCAGCGUCCUCUCUGGACAUCGAACGGCCUUUGUAGGCCAGGAUAGUUUUACCCGAUUUCCAGGAUAUGCGACCGAGCUGUCACAGCGGCGGGCAGAUAUGAUCGAGA